UCCUCUCUCCCCCUCCCUCUCAGUUUCUCCCUCCUCCCCUCCUCCCCAUCUCCACCCCUCCCUCCUCCCUUUUUCUCUCUUAAACCCACACCCUGGUGCAGACCUAGACGUGCAGAAACCGGAAGACACUCACAGCCUUGUCUACCUCCAUCUCUUUCCAACCUUGCCCUGGAGGAUUAAAGCACACUGCUGUGUGGAACAAAGCAACUAUGUCUGACAAACCUGACCUGACAGAGAUCACCUGCUUCGACAAGACCAAACUGAAGAAGACUGAGACGAAAGAAAAGAACCCCCUGCCAACCAAAGAGACCAUUGAACAGGAAAGGAAAGGGGACGCAACGCCUUGAUGGGACUUGGUGACGAGGCCGUGAGGAGGAAAACAGGAGAGGAGGCAGAGAUGCCACCAACAAAAGCACUUUGUUUUGAUUGUCUGUCUCAGUAUUCUACUUGAAGUUACUUUGUAUUGUAUAACAGGGUACAUGGGUUGGAGAUGCAGUAGUGGAGGAGGGUACAUGGGUUGCAUCCCUAAUGGCACCCUAUUCCUUAUAUAGUACAAUAAUAUUGACCUGGUCCACUAUAUAGGGAAUAUGGUGUCAUUUGGGACAUCACAGGGGUCUAUCUAUCAUCAGGGGAAUAUAGUUGUAGCCUGGCUGCCAGGAUGGUUCUGCUUUAAAUAAGUAUUGGGCCAGAAACAAGACCUAGCCUUUACUCCCUAGCCUCUACCCCUUUACUCUUUAGCCUCUACUCCCUAGCCCUUACCCCCUAGCAUGUACCCCCUUACUCCCUAACCCUUACUCCCUAGCCCUUACCCCCAACCCUCUACCCCCUUACUCCCUAACCCUUACUCCCUAGCCCUUACCCCCAACCCUCUAUCCCCUUACUCCCUAGCCCUUACCCCCCUACUCCCUAGCCGUUACCCCCUAGCCUCUACCCCCUUACUCCCUAGCCCUUAACCCCCUACUCCCUAGCCGUUACCCCCUAGCCUCUACCCCAUUACUCCCUAGCCGUUACCUCCUAGCCUCUACCCCCUUACUCCCUAGCCCUUACCCCCCUACUCCCUAGCCGUUACCCCCUAGCCUCUACCCCCUUACUCCCUAGCCCUUACCCCCCUACUCCCUAGCCGUUACCCCCUAGCCUCUACCCCCUUACUCCCUAGCCCUUACCCCCCUACUCCCUAGCCAUUACCCCCUAGCCUCUACCCCCUUACUCCCAAGCCCUUACCCCCUAGCCUCUACCCCCUAACCCUUACCCCCUAGCCUCUACCCCCUAACCCUUACCCCCUAGCCUUCACCAAACCAAGUCAGGCAUCCAGGCUAAGAGAGGUCGGGGAGAGGAAGGCGGGGGGAUUGUGGAGGUGUUUUCAUAAUUCACUUUUUACUUUUCUUUAUGAAAUAAAGACAAAAGGGUGUAAUAGAAAACAA